AUGUCACUUCCCCAGGGUGGACUUGUUUCUCACACACUUUCCGGCGUCGUACGCUCUCCAAUCACUUUUCGACCAGCUUGCUUUGGCACGCCCAUUCGCGUUUCCAGCUGGCUCAAUUGCAGAGUUUUCGAAAGGCCUGAUAGCCAUGAUAAACUUAUUAGAGGUUAUAUGACAUCAAUUGUCAGUCCGGAUAUGCAAUGUCUUCGCGGAAAACCGAUAUCUUCGUACUGCUUGUUAUUUACUUCAAAUGGAAAACAGACUUUUAUUGGAACUGCCGUUGUUUCAUAUGCCGUUUACUCGAUUUUUUCAAGUGUGACUGGAAAUGCUCACAAUGUGAUAUACUGUAUUGAUGAGAACCUUAAUAUAACCGCACGAUCACAGACAUCCGCAUCCACACCCAUUAUAUAUGAUGUUCCACCACUAUUCUCUUUUCCUAGUGGAGGAGUUAGUGAUAACAGGAACCAUAACAGAAAUUAUGGAAAUGGUGGAAACAAUGAGAACCAACCGAACAUUCAGCAGAUGGUUAUGGGUGGAACGUUAGGCUUUGCUUCCGGAUAUUUGGUGAAAAAAGUCAGUAAACUAGCUGCCUUGGCAUUGGGAGCUGCAUUUGUCAUCAUUCAAGUGAUGGAUGUGCAAGGAUAUCAUUUGAAUUUGAGCCAAUAUUGGGGUCAAAUGGAACCAUACUAUUUACAGAUGCUUGAUUUAGAUCGAGAUGGAAGAGUAACAGAGAGAGAUCUUCGACAAGUGGCCAAUAAUGCGAUGGAGUUUAUUAAAAAUACUCUUCACGCAGAUAUGAGUUUUGCUAUUGGAUUCGCGGUUGGGUUAAAAUAUGGCUAG